UUCUUUCUUUCUUUCUUCCUUUCUUUUUUCUUUUUUCUUUUUUUCUUUUUUUCUUUUUUUCUUUUUUUCUUUUUUUCGGAGCUGGGGACUGAACUCAGGGCCUUACUGAGCUAAAUCCCCAGCCCCAUAAAUAGUAUUAUUCAAUUAAAAAUUUUUUAGCUAAAUAGAUACACCCAUCUGGUGGAUUUUAGCACAGACUCUAGGUUUUAUGUAGACCCGAAUCUUGAAAGCCAAUGGGUGGAAGAGUGGAAGAACAAGUCCUUCUUCCCACAUUGCCCUCUGAUUUCUCAUCUAAAAACAAAACAAAGCUUUUAAUCUCAGCACUCAGCUGAGAGAAGUUGGGAAAGGGAUGUGCAGAGACAGGCAAAUCUCUGUGAGUUCAAGGACAACCUGGUCUACUGAGUGGCCAGAGCUACUUAGAGGCAGGUCUCCCAAUAAGUAAACAAACAAAAACAGAACAAAAUGUCACCAGCUUUUAUUCUAUUUCGUCUCAGCGAAGAUCAUGAGUCUAAAAGAAACUCCAGGGCCUGAAAACACUCAGUGAGGACAAAGGCUACUGUCCCCGUGUCCUCCAUGUCCCCUCAUAGUCCCCUCCCCACUCCCGUCUUCCGAGCUCCGUCUUCUACCCCUCCUCCAAGUCCCUCCUCCACAACCCCUCCUCCGCUCUCUGUAGGAGCUCCUCCCCAGCUUUGGCAUUAAACUCAGAACCUCAGGCUCUAGGAAGUCAGAGCUGUGCGUGUCGCCUUCUGGACCCGGGUCGCCAGGCAGCUCUGCGCCCCUACGGCCUCCAGGACCAUGUGGUACACUAGCACCCGGGGAAUGGCCCCACGGGUCAACUUUGAGGGGGCUCUCUUCUCUGGUUAUGCACCAGAUGGGGGCCUCUAUAUGCCAGAGGAGCUCCCAAGGCUGGACAAAGAGACCCUGCGUCACUGGAGCACGCUGUCCUAUCGCAGCCUGGUGAAGGAGUUGUGUGCCCUCUUCGUUGGCCUGGAGCUUAUUCCAAGACAUGACUUAAAUGGUCUGAUUGACCAAGCCUUCAGCAGAUUCCGCCAUAGAGAUGUAGUUCAUCUGUGCAAGCUGAAGAAUGGGCUGAACAUAUUGGAGUUGUGGCAUGGGGUCACAUAUGCCUUUAAGGACCUGUCCCUGUCCUGCACAGCACAGUUCCUGCAAUACUUCCUAGAGAAGAAGAAGAAGCAUGUCACCAUUGUUGUGGGAACCUCUGGGGACACGGGGAGUGCUGCCAUUGAGAGUGUUCAAGGAUCCAAGAAUGUGGACAUUAUUGUUCUGUUGCCCAAAGGACAUUGCUCAAAGAUUCAGGAGCUCCAGAUGACAACUGUGGUAAAGGAAAAUGUUCAUGUGUUUGGAGUGGAAGGAAACAGUGAUGAGCUUGAUGAACCCAUCAAGGCUGUGUUUGCUGAUGUGGCCUUUGUCCAGAGGCACAACCUGAUGAGCUUGAACUCCAUCAACUGGUCCCGGGUCCUGGUGCAGAUGGCACACCACUUCUUCGCUUAUUUCCAGUGCACGCCGUCCUUGGACAUGCACCUCCUGCCCACGGUGGAGGUGGUAGUGCCGACGGGGGCUGGGGGUAACCUUGCAGCUGGAUGCAUUGCUCAGAAGAUGGGCCUGCCAAUCAGUCUGGUGGUGGCAGUGAACCGCAAUGACAUCAUUCACAGGACUGUUCAGAAGGGAGACUUCUCUCUGUGUGAGGUUGUCCGAAAAACCCUGGCAUCUGCUAUGGACAUUCAGGUACCCUACAACAUGGAAAGGAUCUUCUGGCUGCUUGCUGGCUCUGACAGCCAGACAACAAGGGCCCUCAUGGAACAGUUUGAAAGAACCCAAAGUCUACACCUCCCCAAGGACCUACAUAGCAAGCUUUCAGAGGCAGUGACAUCUGAGUCCGUAUCUGAUGAGGCCAUCACCCAGACCAUGGGCCGCUGUUGGGAAGAGAACCAGUACCUACUGUGCCCUCACUCAGCCACAGCAGUGAGCUACCAUUACCAGCAGACUGACAGUGGGCAGCCCAGCAUCCCCCGGUGCUGCCUGGCCCCUGCCUCAGCAGUCAAAUUCCCAGAAGCAGUCCAGGCGGCUGGGCUGACUCCUGAGACCCCCGCAGAGAUCUUGGCCCUGGAGCACAAGGAGACACGCUGUACCCCAAUGCGGAGAGGAGAUGACUGGACACAGAUGCUGCGGGACACGAUUGAGGCCCUGUCCCUGCGCUGGAAAGGCUGUGUAGAGAACACCGCAGAAUAGCCAGGCUGGAAUGGGUUUGAAGACUUUUGUCCCAGGGACGGCUGGGACAAGAUGGCUCAGUAGUUAAGAACUUUUGCUGCUCUUCCAGGAGACCCAGUGCCCAUGUCAGAAGACUCACACUAUCUAUAACUUCAGCUGUAGGUUUUUUGACACCUCUGACCUCUGUAGGCAAUGCACUCAUACACAGAUACACAUACCUAUAUGUAAUUAAAAAUAAUAAAGAUAAGCCUUCUUUUCUAA